AUGGCACCAUUCGCGUCGACCACACGCGACACGCGACCGCCGCCGACGGCGAACAGCCGGAUGUCGGUCUUUAUAGAGGCCCCAAUGGAGGAAUACACACCUGCGCAGUCGACAUACGAGACGUCGAUCCGCGAGAGAGGCGGCAGGAGCUGGUCUGACAUCUACGAGCGCCGCUGGGCGAAGACUGCUUUGAGGCUUGUCAACGCUGUGGCGCAUGCCGCUGCAUGCUCGUUACUGCUCUCGAUCAUGGCAGAGUUCCUUUACAGACAUAGGGGUCGGAAUCAAAGACCGCAAGCUAUCGCUCUCACUGCCCUCGUUGCUAUCGACAUUUGUCUCGACAUCUAUUCCGUCGCAAGGGCCAAGAAAAAAUGGCAAGCCUGGGCCCUAGUUCUUCGCUUACUAUCCGGGCUGGGAUAUAUUGCGAUGUUCUUGGUAUAUGUCGGCUUCCGGGAGGUCUUCCCACGUGGUUAUUCAUAUUGGGGGAUGGCCUCUGGAUUCUCUGACCCCGUCGUGUACCUUUUCCUAUGGGUGCUUGGGGAGUCAUCAUCCCAGGCAGCACCCACGAGAAAUCCAGAGAGCCGGACCGUCAGCGCUGUGACAAGUAGGAGGGCAAGCACUGCCACAGAGGACACCUUGGAAGCUGAAGGUGUAGUCAAAGAUGUUGCACAGGAAGACUUGAAGCCAUGA